AUGACAGACGCACCAUGUUCGACCUCGGUCAAGUUCAAAUUUGUCGAAGACGACUUCGAAGAAAGAAGGCAAAGACUUCACAGAGUCUGCGAAAAAAUAGGGAUGAACAUUUCUGACGAUCCACAAAAAUGGGACACUGCGUCCAAUCGUAUACGCCUGUAUGUCGAGGACACAUAUAAAAUGCUGUAUUGUCCUAUCCAUAAAGUGGCUACGGCGAAUUGGAGGCGCGUCUUAAUGGUAUUGGCCGGUGACGUCGAAAACGCAACUGAUGUUGGCAGGGGACACUACAACGAAUACGCCACGAAACAUCGUCAACUAAAUUCUUUUCCUAAAGAAGAAAGAAUUCGGCGUUUGAAAACAUACACGAAGUUCCUGUUUGUUCGUCAUCCAUUUGAGCGAGUGCUCUCAGCUUACAGAGAUAAAUUUGAGCUGGGUGCCGAGCAUGGAGAGUGGCUUUAUCUGAAAACUAUCGCUGCCUCAAUACUGUACUGGAAGAACCGGACUGCAGUCACGAAAGUAAACAAAAACCAAAUCCACAACGUUACGUUUGCGGAUCUAGUGUCAUUCAUUGUUCAUCAGGCUAACAAUACAAGGGUUUCCAUGGAUAUGCAUUGGGAACGUAUUCAUGAACUCAGUCUACCUUGUAUCAUGCCAUUCGAUUACAUCGGCAAAUACGAGACAUUGGCGCGAGACGCAAACUACAUACUGGGAAAAACGGGAGCCGAUAAAGUGAUAAACUUCCCACCUGCGAAUAUCAAUAAUCAUAUUACUAACUCCUCAUUCAGCAUUCUUGAGAAAUACAUGACAACUUUAUCUGACUCACUGCGAGCAAAUUUUCGACAAGUUUAUGAGUUGGAUUUUGAAAUGUUUGGAUAUAAAUAA